UGACGCUGCUGUGUAGAUGGCGCUUCUCUCUUGACAAAAGCAAAAAAUAGAACUUCCAGUGACUGUUAACCUAUUAUCAAUCUGAUUUAAUAAAUAUACGAGUCAUCGUUCCCAACAUGUCCUUAUCAGGUUAUGGGUCGCAACAAGUAACCCUGGAAAAUUCCAUUCGUGAUAAAACCUUUUCAAUAAUAUUUUUUUGUUCCAAAUCUAUACUUAGAAGUUACGUAAACUUACUCCCUACGUUAUUGGUUCUGGACCCGUAUAAAUUCCGAAAGCAACUCUUGGGUUCAUUCAGUAAGGUACCAACUGUCAUAUAGUAUAGACGGUUCUUGCUCCUGGUGAGUCUUCAACAGUUAGUUAUUAACAAAGAUAUACCAGUACGUCAUCGACGAACAAAUCUUGGAGUAACGUUCACUGCCAUCUGCAACACAAUCAUCAUGACUGAUCGUCCUGAAGGUCCUGGAAAAGAAAAAGGACAGGGCAAAGGAGGGAAAGGAUUGGGCAAAGGAAGGAAAGGAUUGGGCAAAGGAGGGAAAGGAUUGGGAAAAGGAGGCGUUAAGCGUCAUCGCAGACCUCUUCGAGAUAACAUCCAAGGAAUCACCAAGCCAGCUAUCCGUCGUCUGGCUCGUCGUGGUGGAGUCAAGCGUAUCUCUGGAUUGGUCUAUGAAGAGAUUCGUGAUAUUUUACAGAUUUUCCUCAAGACCGUUAUUCAAGAUGCUUACCACUAUACCAUGCAUGCUAAACGUAACACUGUCACCUCCAUGGAUAUCGUCUAUGCAUUGAAACGUCAAGGCCGUAUGAUCUACGGUUUUGGAGGUUAAUCUUCCAAUCAAACUUCGAAUGAAAGAAUCAACGUUACAAACGUGUUUGAGGUGUGCAAAAACUCAAACAUUUCAACUGAAUGUAAACUCAAA